UUAAAGCGCACACUGCAAAGAAGAUUGAGCCACCCUCUGCUCUGCAAGUCACUACCAAUGGAGCAGAUGAAGGGGUCAGCCAUGCUUCUGCUGGAGUUGCUAAUUCUUGGCAGCCUGAGAGCAGGGAAGGGCUCUGCCGUCCUGGGUACCCUGGAUCUACAAAUAGAUGAGGAGCAGCCAGCUGGCACCAUCAUUGGGGACAUCAGUGCUGGCCUGCCCCCUGGAACUAGUGCCUACAUGUAUUUCAUCUCAGCACAGGAGGGCAGCGGUGUUACCACUGACCUGGGGAUAGAUGAGAACACCGGUAUCAUCAAAACAGCUCGUGUCCUGGACCGAGAGACUCGGGACCGCUACAGCUUCAUUGCUGUUACCCCAGAGGGCAUCACAGUGGAAGUGAACAUACAAGUGAAUGACAUCAAUGACCAUGCUCCAGCCUUUCCCAAAAAACACAGCACCUUCCAGAUCCCAGAGCACACACCCAUUGGCAGCAGAUUCCCCUUGGAUCCAGCCUUUGAUGCCGACAGUGGCGUACUCAAUACACAAGGCUAUGUGAUUAAGGGAGAGAAUGUGGGGCAGGCCUUCCGCCUGGAAACACGUCGAGGACCCAAUGGGGUCCUGUAUUUGGACCUGGUGGUCAGCAAUGUCUUGGAUCGGGAGAACCGUUCAUCAUACUCACUGCUGUUGGAGGCCUAUGACGGUGGCUCUCCUCCCCGGAGUACCCAGAUGACACUGGAUGUGUCCAUCCAGGACAUCAAUGACAAUGCUCCCAGCUUCAACCAGAGCCGCUAUCAUACUCUCAUCUCAGAGAAUUUGAAACCUGGCAGCAGCAUCCUGCAGGUCUUUGCCUCUGAUGCUGAUGAAGGUGACAAUGGGGAUGUGAUUUAUGAGAUCAACCGACGGCAGAGCGAUCCUGACCAGUACUUCACCAUUGACUCCCGGACUGGAGUCAUCAAGCUCAACAAGGGUCUGGACUAUGAAGUAAGGAAGGUGCAUGAGCUGGUGGUGCAGGCAAGGGAUAAGGCUGUACAUCCUGAGGUCACCACAGCCUUUGUCACUAUUCAUGUACGUGACUACAAUGAUAACCAGCCCACCAUGACUAUCAUCUUCCUGAGUGAAGAUGGCUCCCCUCAGAUCUCUGAGGGAGCCCAGCCCGGCCAGUAUGUGGCUCGCAUCUCUGUUUCUGACCCAGACUAUGGUGAGUAUUCCAAUGUCAAUGUCACACUGGAGGGAGGGGAUGGCAAGUUUGCCCUCACUACCAAGGACAACAUCAUCUACCUGAUUUGUGUGGACCAGCUUCUAGAUCGGGAAGAAAGAGACUCCUAUGAUUUGCGGGUGACAGCUACUGACUCAGGCACACCCCCACUCCGGGCAGAAUCAGCCUUUGUGCUGCAAGUGAUGGAUAUCAACGACAACCCUCCACUCUUCGACCAGCAGGAGUACAAACAAAGCAUCCCCGAGGUUGUGUACCCGGGCAGCUUUGUCCUACAGGUGACAGCUCGUGACAAGGACCAAGGUCCCAAUGGGGAGGUGCGGUAUAGCAUUGUGCAUGGCCAUGACACCCACUCCAGCUGGUUUGCCAUUGACCCUGCCACAGGUAUCAUCACCACCGCUACCCCACUGGAUUAUGAGAAGGAUCCUGAGCCUCAGCUGACUGUGCUGGCCACAGACAGGGGAACCCCUGCCCUCUCUUCUUCAGCUGUGGUGCGUGUGGCCCUGCAGGAUGUCAAUGACAAUGAGCCAGUGUUCAGGAGUAAUUUCUACAAUGUGUCCCUAAAGGAGAACACCCCUGUUGGGACGUGCUUCUUACAGGUGACAGCCACAGAUGCAGACAGCGGCACAUUUGGCUCCCUUUCCUAUUCCAUUGGUUCUGGCAUCGGCAGUGUUGUCCCCACGCAGUUCAGCAUUGACAAGCACACGGGUCAGCUGUGCACUGUGCAGCCUCUGGAUCGUGAUGAGGGCACGUCUGCCUAUGAUUUCACCAUCACUGCUGUUGAUGGGGGGGGCCUGAACUCCAUGAUGUAUGUGAAAGUUUUCCUGGAGGACAUAAAUGACAACCGGCCAGUGUUUUACCCACUGGAGUAUGCUGCCAGCAUCAGCACACAGAGCAUGCCAGGUACAGCUGUGCUGCGUGUUACUGCCCACGACAAGGAUGAGGGGCUGAACGGGAAAGUGACCUACCGCAUUGUUCUGGGAAACUCACCCCCUCUCUUCUCCCUCAACAAGGACACAGGUGUCAUCUCCCUCUCAUGGUCCCUGAGUGGUAAAGCCAACACUCUGGUGCAGCUGGUGAUCUCUGCACAAGAUGAUGGGGGUCUACAGGCACAGCCAAAUGCCCGGGUGAACAUCAGCAUCGUGGAGGGCACAGUCUCACCCCCUGUGUUUGAGCAAGCUCAGUACUUCUUCACGGUGCCUGAGGACAUGCUGCAGGGUGCCACUGUGGGUGCUGUUCGGGCCCAGAACCCUCCAGGUCAUGCUGAUGACAUCUUUUAUUCCAUCUCCUCGGGGGAUCCUCAUGGCUACUUUUCCAUUGACUCUGCCUCUGGGAAGCUCCGCACCAGCCUGCCUCUUGAUCAUGAGUCCCAGGCAGUCCUCAUUCUGGAUGUCCAGGCCCGAAGUGGUUCACCUCCUGCCUAUAGCAACACACGCGUGAAAAUCUCUGUGUCAGAUGUGAAUGACAACGUGCCAGUGUUCCCAGCCCCCUCCGACUCCAUUCUGCUGCCAGAGGCCACAGAACCUGGGACUACAGUGUACACUUUGCAGGCUGAGGACCGUGACAGCGGUUCCAACGGCCAGGUGAAUUUUGAGCUGGUGUCAGGAGGUGAUGGCACCUUCAGUGUGGAGCGCUCAUCAGGGGCAGUGCGACUGAUUGGGACUCUGCAGUAUGAAGCCAGCGCAGCCUACAGGCUGGCCAUUGUGGCCCGAGACAGUGGCAUUCCCCAGCUCAGCUCCACAUUCACGCUGCUGGUGCAUGUGCAAGCCGAGCACGACAAUGGGCCCAUCUUUGACACACUCACCUACCGCGUGGAGGUGCAGGAAGGUGUGCCUGUCUCCACCCGCUUCCUGCAGGUGCGGGCCCUGGCACGCGAUGCAGAAUCCAUGGCCCUUACCUACCACUUGCGUGCAGAUGGGGAUGCUGCCAGCUUUGGCAUCAUGCCUGAGAGUGGUUGGCUGUAUGUCAAAAGCACGCUGGACCGGGAGACGCGGGACCUGUAUGUGCUCACGGUGCUGGCCUCGGCAGGAGGCAGUGCUGCAGCGGGGGAAGCCCGGAAAACAGGCACCAGCACUGUACGGAUCAGCAUCACUGAUGAGAAUGACAACAGCCCCCGGCUGAGUGAGGAGCGUUACUUCUUCACUGUUCCUGAGAAUCAGGCUCCUGGUAGCAGUGUGGGGAGGGUGACGGCAAGUGACCGGGAUGCUGGGCAGAACAGCCGGCUCACCUACCGCCUGCUCCAGCAUGAUCCCAACUUCCUUAUCCACACACAGACAGGGGAGCUCAGCACCAAGCAUAGCCUGGACCGGGAGCAGCAGUCCAGCUACCAACUCUUGGUGAUUGUGCAAGAUGGGGGAGCACCACCCCGCAGUGCCACAGGAACCGUCUAUGUCACUGUGCUGGAUGAGAAUGACAACGCUCCUGCUUUCCUUCACGUGGCCAGUGGUCAGGAGCUGCCCGUGCAGGUGCUGGAAGAGAAGCCAUCGGGACUUCUAGUCGCCUCCCUGCAGGCCAAGGACCCUGACGAGGGUGAGAAUGGGACCAUCAUCUACUCACUGAUAGGAGCCUGGGCAGAGCGUUUCACGCUGCACAAGGCUACUGGAGAGUUGCGGACUGCCACAGUUCUACGCCGGACUGAUCGUGCUGAGUACAUCUUCACUGUGACAGCCAGUGAUCGGGGCAUGGUGCCUCGCAGUACGUCAGCCAUCAUUCGCAUUCAGGUGCUGCCAUCCUCCCGGGUGCUGCCACGGCCUGACACCACUGUGCUGACCCUGCAGCCUCUGGAGGGUGUCAAGCCAGGGUCUGUGAUCGGCUCAGUAGCACCCCCAGACGCCCCUGUGCGAGGACAGCUGACGUACACAGUGGUAGGAGGUGGGGGGGAUGGCACCUUUGUGGUUGACAGUGUCACAGGGGAGAUUUAUGCUGCCCGGGAGUUGGACUAUGAAGCUGGGGCACGGCACAUGCUUCAGGUGAGUGCUGAGGACACGCAGCAUGGCUAUCCCUCCAGCCGACUGGUGCUGGUACAGAUCCAUGUGCAGGACUGCAACGACCAGACACCCACCUUCCCUGAAGACCCCAUCACCAUCGUGGUGCCCGAGAAUGCCCAGGCUGGCUCAUCCGUCUUCACCUUCCAGGCGCUGGACGGGGAUGGUGUGGGUCCCAAUAGCCAGGUGCGCUAUGCCCUGCUGCACCAGGAGCCCCCCGGGGCUCCCUUCCAGCUUGACAGCCGCUCAGGGCUGCUGACCCUUCGCCGGGGCCUUGACCGGGAGGCUGCUGCCUCCUUCCUCUUGGUGGUGGAAGCCAUGGACCAGGCCCGCAACAUCAGCCAGCGCCGCUCGGCAGCUGUCACGGCCCGUGUGUUUGUGACUGAUGAGAAUGACAACGCGCCCGUGUUCCUCUCACCUGCUGCCGUCAGCGUCAUGGAGGACCAGCCGACGGGGUUCGUGGCACUGCAUGUGGUGGCCCAGGACAGCGAUUUGGGAGAGAACGGACGUGUGAGCUACUCAUUGCGAGCAGGCAACAGCGACGGCUGCUUCCACCUUAACCCCAGCACUGGUGCACUCUCCAUUGUGCGGGCCCUGAACCGGGAGGAGGUGGUGCAGCACAACCUGACUGUGGUGGCCAUGGAUCACGGUUUCCCACGCCGCUCUGCCACACAGCUACUGUCCGUGCUGGUGCUGGAUGUCAACGAUGAGGCACCCACUUUUGAGAAACCUGAGUAUGAAGCACACAUCAUGGAGAACUUGCCAGCUGGCAGCCCUGUGCUGCAGGUGCUGGCCACGGACCGGGACCUGGGUGCCAAUGGGCAGGUGUCCUAUGGGGGUGUCUCUGGAGGGCCGUUCUCCAUCCACCCACAGACGGGGCUUAUUGUCACCACACAUGCCCUGGACCGUGAGGAGCAGGAGCAACACGUGCUGAUGGUCUAUGCACGGGAUGGUGGCCUGCCACCCAACCUUGCCAAGGCAACAGUGCGGAUAACAGUAGGGGAUGAGAAUGACCACACACCACACCUAGAGAGUGAGUCCUGCUCUGUGGAAGUCCCUGAGAACCAAAGCCGUGUGGCACUCUACACCCUGCGGGCCACUGAUCCUGAUGGAGGCGAGAACGGGCGCUUGGAAUACCACGUGGCAGAUGGAGACCCUGGGCAGGACUUCAGCCUAGACCCAGUCUCCGGUGUCCUCUCUACUGCACGAGCCCUUGACCGGGAGCAAGUUGCUUCCUACAGCCUCAUAGUGGUGGUGCAAGACCACGGCACCCCUCCGCGCAGUGCCACCAUGUCAGUGAACGUGCGGGUCUUGGACCUAAACGACAACGCACCUGGUUUUUCUCAGGACACCUAUGUGGUGGAGGUGCCAGAGGAUUUGCCUGUUGGUGCCCUGGUGCUGCAGCUGGUGGCUGAGGACCCUGACGAGGGCACCAAUGGGCAGGUCUCUUACUACCUAGGCAAUGAGUCACUUGGCAUGUUCCAGGUCGAGCCGCAGAGCGGGUGCAUCAGAAGUGCCCAGGUGCUGGACCGGGAACGCCACCCCAGUUACAGCUUCCUGGCCAAGGCUGUGGACUCAGCACCAUGGGAGCCCAAGAGCACAGCUGUGCGUGUCACGGUCACAGUCCGAGAUGUCAAUGACCAUGCCCCUGCCUUCCUGCACAGCCCACUCACUGUCAACUUGUCCCGCCACACACCGCUCAAGCAGGUCGUGGCCACCAUGAGGGCAGAGGACAGGGAUGCGGGUGCCAAUGCCUCUAUCCUGUAUCGCCUUGCUACCCCCAACUCUGCCUUCGCAAUCAACUCCUACACAGGGGAUAUCCAAGCACUCUCCUCUACUGGUGUGGUGGUGAUCCACUUGCAGGAGGAGCCCUACCGGGGGCUGCGCUUUCCCCGGAGCACCAGCGAUGUGGCUCUGCCAGAAAAUGCUGCCCCAGGCACUGCCGUGGCAAGCAUCCAAGCUGUGCACACAGGGGGCUCUUCUGGGCACAUCAUGUACAGUAUCAUCAGCGGCAAUGAGAAGAAUGCUUUCAUUAUCCAGCCCAGUUCAGGUGCCAUCUCAGUUAAGGACUCCAGCAGCCUGGAUUUUGAGGCCAGCCCCCGUUUGCGCCUUGUGGUCCAGGCAGAGACAGCAGCUUCCUUUGGCUUUAUGGCCAUAAACCUUAACCUGCAAGAUGUGAAUGACAACUUGCCACGCUUCCAGCUGCAGAACUACGUGGCAUUCAUCUGGGAGUCACAGAGCUAUGACUCACCAGUCAUCCAGGUCCUGGCAGAUGAUCUGGAUCAGGGAGCGAAUGGGCAGGUGAUUUAUGCCAUCAACCAGUCCCUGCCAAUGACAGGCUUGUACCACAUCGAUCCUCAGACUGGCACUAUCACUACUGCUGCCAUCCUGGACAGGGAGAUCUGGUCCCAGACCCGUUUGGUGGUAACGGCAAUGGACAGAGGGACUCCGCCUCUUGUGGGCUCUGCCACGCUGACCGUUGUGGUGAUGGACAUCAAUGACAAUAGCCCCACCAUCCCAUUUCCCUGGGAGGUGCGGGUCCCAGAGAACACGCUGCUGGGCACCCAGAUAGCCCAGCUGACCGGGAACGAUGUGGACUCGGGCCCCGCACUCUCCUACACGCUCAUGCUGGAUGGUGAUGCCAUGGGCACGUUCAGUGUGCUGCGGUACGGGGGACGCAUUGCCCUGACAGGGCCACUGGACUAUGAACAGCGGAGCCACUACACCGUGGCCUUGCGUGCCUCUGACACACGCCAUGAGACCGAAGCCAACCUCACCGUCAUUGUGGAGGAUGUGAAUGACAACGCACCAACUUUCAGCCAGGGCUUCUAUCAGGUGACACUGCCAGAGCACACGCCUGCAGGCAGCAUCAUUCUCACUGUGAGCGCAACCGACCCAGACUCGGGGAGCAAUGGGGAUGUCACCUUUCACCUGGCUGUGCCCAGCCCUGACAUCGCCAUCGACCCCAGCAAUGGGACCCUCUUCACCAUCCGGCAGGUGGAAUUCAACACCAGCCAGCCCACCCUGGACCUGGUGGUGGAGGCCCGUGACUGUGGCUCUCCCAGCCUCUCAUCCUGGACCACAGUGCAGCUCCAGGUGCUGGAUGUGAAUGACCACAGCCCCAGCUUCCAGGUGCCAUGCUACAAUGCCAGCGUCCCCGAGGACCUGCGUCCAGGAACAACCGUGCUGACACUAGAGGCAGGUGAUGCCGACCUCUCCCGGGAGAAUGCUGGUUUCGACUACACUAUCGUCAGUGGCAAUGGUGGCAACGCCUUCCAGGUGGAGAGCCGGGUGGCCUGGACAGGGGGGCAUCUCCGCACGCAGGGUGCCUUAGUGCUUGUGGAGCCCUUGGACUUUGAGGCCAUCCCAGUCUACAACCUCAGUGUGGCUGCGUCGGACCGGGGCCUGCCACAGCGCAGUGCCACAGUGCCUGUGCUCAUCACCGUCCAGGAUGUCAACGACAACCCGCCCGUGUUCACUCGAGCUGAGUACCGCACAGCGGUGAGCGAGAGUGCACCCCCCGGUACAGAGCUGCUGCGCGUGGUGGCCCAUGAUGCUGACUCGGGGCCCCGCGGCCAUGUUCACUACACCAUCAGCUCAGGUGACCAGCAUGGGCUCUUCCAGCUUCACGAGACCACAGGGGCCCUGUGCCUGGCACGGCCCCUGGACCGGGAGGUGCAGGCGCUGCACGCACUCGUGGUGCAGGCCACAGACAUGCCGGGCGGGCACUUUGCACUGGUACCUGUAGCCAUCGAGGUGAAGGAUGUCAACGAUAACAAGCCGUACUUCCCAGUGGAGGUGCUGAGUGCCAGCAUGCGGGAGAACCUGCCUCCUGGCACACUGGUCACCACACUGCGUGCCAUAGACGCAGACACCGGUGUCUUCGGGGAGCUGCGGUACACAGUGCUCGAGCAGCUGGUGGGGGAGCCAGGCAUGGCAGAGGGCCGGGAUGCCUUUGCCGUCAACAACAGCUCUGGGGAGCUGCGCUCCCGACUUACCUUUGACUAUGAACGAGCCAAAGCCUUCCAGCUCCUAGUCAGGGCCACUGAUGCUGGCAAUGCCUCUGCCACGGUGACCGUGCGGGUGCUGGUGACAGGGGAGGAUGAAUAUGAUCCCAUCUUCCUGAGCCCCUCCUUCAACUUCGAGGUCCCUGAAGGUGCUCGCAAAGGGCAGAGCAUUGGGCGGGUCCUGGCAACAGAUGAGGAUGAGGGGGCGGAUGGCGUUGUACUGUACUCCCUGGCAAAGCCCUCACCAUACUUUGCCAUCAACCAAACCACAGGCACCAUCUACCUGCGUGUGGACAGCCAGCCCCAGGCUGGGGCCGGGCGUGCCAAGAGGGAGCCACGUGAGAUGAGCCUGGAGGUGCAGGCGCGCAGCCCCCUGCCCACCUCCCGCUCAGCCUCUGCGCAGGUCACCAUCGAUGUCACGCACACCUCCUUUGGCCUGGCUCCGGACCUCAACCUGCUGCUGGUGGCCGUGGCUGCCUCGCUGGGGGUUGUGGUGGUGCUGGCCGCCGUGGCCAUUGUGCUGGCACUGGUCCGCUCUCAUCACCGCCGGGGCCACGAGAAGCCGGAGGGGGACAGGCCGCUGGGCCGCGUGCAGAGCGGAUCCCUGCAAAAGCUCAGCCGCGAGGAGCCGGCGCUUCCUGGGGGCGAGCACAUUUACCACCAGGCCCUGCCAGGGUACGGGGGCGAGCCGGCAGGGCCCUACACACGGGGGGGGCCGCGGGCCGCGUGCCCCCAGUUCCAGCCGCUGGCCAGUGUCUUCACAGAGAUUGCCCGCCUCAAGGAUGAGAGCUCCCUGCGCAAGCCCUUCCCGACCAAGCCCAAGGCAGAGCCCAAGCCCCGCAUCGACCCCCCACCCCUCAUCACCUCAGUGGCCCACCCAGGUGCCAAGUCUGUGCCCCCCAAGCCGCCACCGGGCAGGACCUUCCCACACCCAUCCUCCCUGCGCCGCUCGCCCAUCAGCCACGAGGGCUCCAUCUCGUCCUCUGCCAUGUCACCCAGCUUCUCCCCCUCGCUGUCCCCACUGGCUGCCCGCUCCCCUGUGGUCUCACCCUUCGGCAUCUCACAGGGGCCUUCUGCCUCUGCCAUCAGUGCUGAGCACUCGCUGGAGCCCCCCGAGGAGGCCGAGCUCAGGAUUUAG